UUCAUCUUUCUUAUCUUUAUCUUCUUCUUCCAACGGUGCGUGACUCCAUUUCCUCCGAUUCACGGUGGUUCCGCGACUACAGAGUCAGAAUUCGACAAGCUGAUCCCUUUACACAAUUCGAUCGCCGUGAAAUUAAAGGUUCAAUCAAAGAUCCUAUUGAUUUCUUGGAAUCAGGUCAAUGGCUUCCUCUUCGGAUUCAUGGAUGAAAUCAUACAACGAGGCUUUAAAACUUUCAGAGGAGAUAAAUGGAAUGAUGUCAGAAAGAAGUUCAUCAGCUGAAACAGGGCCUGAUGCUCAGCGUCGUGCUUCAGCUAUACGAAGAAAGAUCACCAUGUUCGGAACCAAAUUAGACAGUCUUCAGUCCCUUCUUGCUCAAAUUCAUGGAAAACCUGUUUCAGAGAAAGAGAUGAACCGGCGCAAGGAUAUGGUAGGGAAUUUGAGGUCAAAAUCAAACCAGAUGGCGAAUGCUUUGAACAUGUCAAACUUUGCCAAUAGAGACAGCUUGCUUGGACCUGAAAUUAAGCCUGAUGAUUCCAUGAGCAGAGUGACUGGCAUGGAUAACCAAGGAAUUGUUGGGUAUCAACGACAAGUUAUGAGAGAACAAGACGAAGGACUUGAGCGAUUGGAGGAAACAGUCAUGAGUACAAAACACAUUGCUAUGGCUGUUGGUGAAGAGCUUGACUUGCAGACUAGGCUUAUUGAUGACUUGGAUUACCAUGUGGAUGUUACUGACUCUCGCUUACAGAGAGUGCAGAAGCACCUUGCUGUCAUGAAUAAGAAUAUGAAAAGUGGUUGUUCUUGCAUGUCAAUGCUCUUGUCAGUGCUGGGGAUCGUCGGUCUUGCUGUUGUAAUAUGGCUGUUGGUUAAGUAUCUGUAAUACCAACAUCCGAGAACUUAUAAGUUUCUCUGUAGGUCACUGGCCUCUCCUCUCUCUGUGAAUGAUUGCGAUGUAUUUCCUCAUUUCACAUUUGUGAAUGGUUGAGCUUUUCAUUUCUCUUCUGUUGCAAGAGCCCUUAAUAAUAGUAUAUGUAAUGUGUGCAGUUUUCAUU